AUGCCUUUCUCAUGUGGCAUCGACUUUUCCAAGCCAGCCGAUAAGGGCGAAUUCGAAGACGUCUUCGCGGAGACCAUCGGACAAUGGGAUAAGACGAUACGAAAAGCCGUGGGGUAUCCGCGCAACUGGAUCAGGCACCCCAAGAUCCAGGAGCUCAUGAAGACAGCGGCCGACUACGGCGUGCACAACGUCGGCAACUGGGCCGAGGGAGGGCGUUUCGCGCCCGAGGCCUUCUGCUACGAGUUCGAAGUCAUGCUGUUCUUCAUGGAGCUCUUCCACUGCGCCGGCGGCGAGGACAACUACUGGGGCUACAUCGACGCCAGCGGGCAGCAGCGGGGAACAUCUGGGCGGCGACGGAACGGCCUGCGCGCCCAGACGAUUGACGAGAACGAUGACGGCUCGAUCGACAUGGCGGCGCUCCGGGAGGCGUUUGAGAAGAACGACGACCACCCGAUAUGGAUGGGCAUCCUCUGCGGAGGGACGGUCAAGGAGGGGCGCGACAACAUCCGGCAGAUCCUCGAGCUCGCCCGGGACUCGGGGCGGCCGCGCAGCGACUUCUUCUUCCACGUCGACGGCGCGUUCAGCGCAGUGCCUCUCGCGCUGAUGAGCGAUGCCGACGACGUCGACAUUGUGCCGAGCUUUGAGCUUGACGUCGACGGUUUCGGCAUCGACACGCUCAACGUUUCGACGCACAAGUUCAUCGGCACGCUGGACACGGGGGGCAUGAUCCUGAUGCGCAGAGAGCACAGUGAGGCCGUCGCCGUCGAUGUCGAGUACAUCCAGUCGGUCCACAAGACGCAGAUCGGGUCGAGGAACGCGAGGGCCAUUCUCGAAUGCUGGAUGCUGAUCAAAUACGUCGGACGGGAUACGUUUACCGAAUGGGCCUUUGCAUGUGCCCAGAGGGCCCGAAAGCUGAAGAAGGAAAUGGCAACAGUCGGGGCCGAGGACAUUCUUCUGAAUCACAACGCGAUGACGGUGUACUGCAAAGAAUUUUCACCCCAGGUCUCAAAGGAGUUUUAUCUGGCCCCCCAGAAGGGCUACGUCCAUGCCAUCGUCACGCCGCACACGUUGCAUCCUUCGGAAUUGGGGACGAACAGAGAGGGGGAGCCUUUUGAGGGAUUCGACACGGCGAACCGAUUUGUGGAGGCUGUCGGCGAGGCGAUGGACCAUGAAGCGAGACGUGAAAGUGUAUAA